UUAUGGUCUGUCCCUGGGCCUCUCCCUGUCUCUCCUCCUCCUCUGCUGUGUCUCUGUGCUGCAUCGCUCUGCCUCAUGGCUGCCCGCUGAUGGUGAUGAUGAUGCUGCUGCUGAUGUCAUCACCGCCUCCCAGCAUCCCUGGCACAGCAGCACCGCCAUUUUCCCUGCUUUCAGACCGACUGACGGACAGACUGACGGCGGGCCGCUGGAGCAUCCCGCACCCAUCCUCCUGUUUAUCCAUCCGGCGCUCGCUCCUCCCUCCUCCUCCUGUCUCUCACUACAGUCUGUGAUUGACGCACCGCUGCGUUCAACACUUCAACCCACCCAGCGCUGCUGCCGCCGCUGCUGCUGAAGCUGAGGCUGACUCUUUCCCCGGCGGAUUCUCCAUGUAUGGAUGCGCCAAGGAAAGGGAUGCUGUAGGCUGACCAAAGACAGAGAGAAAGACGAAACAUACAGGCUGCUGAGGAGAUUCAAGAAGGAGGCAGCGGAGGAUCCGUGCGCUGUUUUGAAUGGGCAGAGGAUUCACCCUCUGCGGUCGUCGAGUCUGAGUUGCUGAGGUGCCAGGUGUGUGUGUCUGUGUAGCCGCACAGAUCUUCAGCUCUCCUGCUCACUCACACACCCUCCUGCAACAUGGCGGCGGCUUCAGUGAAGGUGGCGGUGAGGGUGCGACCCUUCAACUCCAGAGAAAUGGCGAAGGAAAGCAAGUGCAUCAUUCAGAUGUCAGGAAACACCACAACAAUCCUGAACCCCAAACAGCCGAAAGAAAACAAGAGUUUCAACUUUGACUUUUCUUACUGGUCACACACCACGCCUGAGGACAUCAACUAUGCGUCCCAGAUGCAGGUGUACAAGGACAUCGGGGAGGAAAUGCUGCUUCAUGCCUUUGAAGGCUACAAUGUGUGCAUAUUUGCAUAUGGUCAGACAGGAGCAGGCAAAAGCUACACUAUGAUGGGACGACAGGAGAAGGACCAGCAAGGAAUUAUACCUCUGCUGUGUGAGGACCUCUUCACCAAAAUCAAUGACAGCAAUAAUGAAAACAGCAUGUCUUACUCUGUGGAGGUGAGUUACAUGGAGAUCUACUGUGAGCGUGUGCGUGACCUGCUGAAUCCCAAGAACAAAGGAAACCUGCGCGUCAGAGAGCACCCACUGAUGGGACCCUAUGUCGAAGAUCUUUCCAAACUGGCCGUCACCUCAUACAACGACAUCCAGGACCUGAUGGACUCUGGAAACAAAGCCAGGACUGUGGCUGCUACCAACAUGAACGAGACCAGCAGUCGCUCCCACGCCGUCUUCAACAUCAUCUUCACACAGAAAAAACACGACAUGGACACGGAAAACACAUCAGAAAAGGUCAGUAAAAUCAGCUUGGUGGACUUGGCUGGCAGCGAGAGAGCCGACUCGACUGGAGCUAAAGGAACCAGACUGAAGGAAGGAGCAAACAUCAACAAAUCUCUGACUACACUGGGGAAAGUUAUUUCUGCUCUGGCCGAACUGGACUCAGUACCAAACAAGAACAAGAAAAAGAAGAAGGUGGAGAGUUUUAUUCCCUACAGAGAUUCAGUUCUGACGUGGCUGCUGAGGGAGAACUUGGGAGGAAACUCUCGCACAGCCAUGGUGGCUGCCCUCAGCCCUGCUGAUAUUAACUAUGACGAGACCCUCAGUACCCUCCGGUACGCUGAUCGUGCCAAACAGAUCCGCUGUAACGCCGUGAUCAACGAGGAUCCCAACAACCGUCUGGUGCGUGAGCUGAAAGAGGAGGUGGCUCGCCUCAAAGACCUGCUGUAUGCACAGGGUCUGGGAGACAUCAUCGAGACGUAUCGCUGCACCGGCCCUGCCAUCGCUGGUUUGAAAUACCUGUGCGAUUACAAGAACUUUGUGAAUAAUCGCCAGGCUGUCAAUCAAAGGGGUGAUCUCUCCGCAGUGUCCAAUGCCAUGACAGGAAUGAGUCCCUCCCCCUCGCUCUCGGCCCUUUCCAGUCGUGCCGGGUCCAUCAGCAACCUCCAUGACCGCAUCUUCAGCCCAGCCAGUGAAGAGGCCAUCGAGAGGCUCAAGGAAACUGAGAAAAUCAUCGCAGAGCUCAAUGAGACCUGGGAGGAGAAGCUGCGACGUACUGAGGCCAUCCGUAUGGAGAGAGAGGCCCUGCUGGCUGAGAUGGGUGUUGCCAUGAGAGAAGAUGGAGGCACUGUGGGCGUGUUCUCCCCGAAAAAGACGCCUCAUCUGGUGAACCUGAACGAAGACCCGCUGAUGUCAGAGUGUCUGCUGUAUUACAUCAAAGACGGCAUCACCAAGGUUGGCCGUGAAAACGCCAAGACACGCCAAGACAUUGUUCUAAGCGGCCAUUUUAUCAAAGAUGAACACUGCACAUUCAGCAGCACCACGGGCCCUCAGGGAGAAGGAUGUGUCAUCCUGGAGCCAUGUGAGGGGUCGGAGACGUACGUCAACGGGAAGAAAGUGAGCUCUCCCAUUGUUCUGCGGUCAGGAAACCGCAUCAUCAUGGGAAAGAGCCACGUGUUCCGCUUCAAUGACCCGGAGCAGGCUCGUCUGGAGCGAGAGAGGACGCCGUGCGCUGAGACGCCGGUGGAGCCCGUCGACUGGGCCUUCGCUCAGAGAGAGCUGCUGGAGAAACAAGGCAUCGACAUGAAGCAGGAGAUGGAGCAGAGGCUUCAGGAGCUCGAGGAUCAGUAUCGCAAAGAAAGAGAAGAAGCCAGUAACCUGCUGGAACAGCAGAGGCUGGACUAUGAGAGUAAACUGGAGGCUCUGCAGAGACAAGUGGACUCUCGGUACCUGGAGUCUCCUGAGGAAGAGGAGGAGCCAGAGGAGGAAGUGCCGUGGACGCCACGAGAGACCGAAUUGGCUCUCUGGGCAUUCAGGAAGUGGCGUUUCUACCAGUUCACCUCUCUCAGAGAUCUGCUUUGGGGCAACGCCAUCUUCCUCAAAGAGGCCAAUGCUAUCAGUGUGGAGCUGAAGAAAAAGGUGCAGUUCCAGUUCGUCCUGUUGACAGACACUCUCUACUCUCCCCUGCCCCCUGACCUGCUGCCCCCCAGUGUGGCCAAAGAGAGGGAGAGACGACCUUUCCCUCGAACCAUCGUCGCCGUUGAAGUACAAGAUCAAAAGAAUGGAGCCACACAUUACUGGACUCUGGAGAAACUCAGGCAGAGGCUGGACCUGAUGAGGGAAAUGUACGACCGUGCUGCAGAGCUCCCCAGCAGUGCUGUGGAGGACUGUGACCACGCUCUGACUGGAGGAGACCCCUUCUAUGACCGCUUCCCCUGGUUCCGUCUGGUCGGCAGGGCUUUUGUGUACCUGAGUAACCUGCUGUACCCGGUGCCACUGGUACAUCGAGUGGCCAUCGUCAGUGAGAAAGGAGAGGUGAAAGGCUUCCUCAGAGUGGCUGUGCAGGCCAUCUCAGCUGAUGAGGAGGCCCCUGAUUACGGCUCUGGUGUGAGGCAGUCAGGCACUGCCAAGAUCUCCUUUGAAGACAAACAGUUUGAGAAGUUCCAGACUGAGUCGUGUCCUGGUGGUCUCUCCCACUCCAACACCUCCCAGGAGGAGCUACGAAUCGUGGAGGGAGAAGGACAGACUGUAGAGAUAGGAAUCUCUGCCGAUGAAGUCAACAACAACACCUGUCCAGCCAUUUUGGAUCCUCCCCGCAGCCCAGUGAAGAGCUCAGGUCUGGGUCUGGAUCUUCCUCUGGAACUUUCGCCAGAGAAAGCUCUCUCCCACCUGAAGAUCGGCAGCACCUUCACCUUCAGAGUCACCGUAUUACAGGCGUCCAGCAUCUCAGCCGAGUACGCCGACAUCUUCUGCCAGUUCAACUUCAUCCACCGCCACGAUGAAGCUUUCUCCACAGAGCCGCUGAAGAACACAGGCAGAGGACCUCCGCUGGGCUUCUACCAUGUCCAAAAUAUCACAGUGGAGGUGACAAAGUCCUUCGUGGAGUACAUCAAGACUCAGCCCAUCGUCUUCGAGGUGUUUGGCCACUAUCAGAAACAGCCCUUCCCUCCGCUCUGCAAAGACCUGAUCAGUCCUCUGAGGCCUUCCAGGAGGCAGUUCCCCAGGGUGAUGCCCUUGUCCAAACCAGUGCCGGCCACAAAGCUCAGCACUCUGACCCGCUCCACCGCAGGACCUUGUCAUGCCAAAUACGACCUCAUGGUCUUCUUUGAGAUCUGUGAGCUGGAAGCUAACGGAGACUACAUCCCAGCUGUUGUUGACCACAGAGGUGGGAUGCCCUGCCACGGCACGUUCCUCUUACACCAGGGCAUCCAGAGGAGGAUCACAGUUACCAUCGCUCAUGAAACAGGAAAUGAUAUUGAGUGGAAAGAGGUGAAGGAGCUGGUUAUUGGUCGCAUCCGAAACACACCAGAGGCUGAUGAGACCAUCAUUGACCCUAACAUCCUUUCCCUCAACAUCCUGUCUUCUGGAUAUUUCUGGCCAAAACACAAUGACAACGUCUCCUUGGGAGUUGAUCAUAGAACUUUCUACCGAUUUGAGGCAGCGUGGGACAGCUCCAUGCACAACUCUCUGCUGCUGAACAGAGUCACUCCCUACGGGGAGAAGAUCUACAUCACCCUCUCUGCUUAUCUAGAGAUGGAGAACUGCACUCAGCCGACAGUGAUCACCAAAGAUUUCUGCAUGGUGUUUUAUUCCCGAGACGCGAAGCUGCCGGCCUCUCGCUCCAUCAGAAACCUCUUCAGCACCGGCUGCCUCCGGCCCUCUGAGAGUAAUCGUGUCACUGGAGUCUAUGAAGUCACCCUCUGCCAUGUGGCGGACAACGGAAGUCCAGGCAUGCAGCGUCGUCGCAGGCGUGUGCUGGACACCUCGGUGGCGUAUGUCCGAGGAGAGGAGAACCUGGCCGGAUGGAGGCCUCGCAGCGACAGCCUCAUCCUGGAUCACCAGUGGGAGCUGGAGAAACUCAGUUUACUGCAGGAGGUGGAGAAGACCAGGCACUACCUGCUCUUGAGGGAGAAGCUGGAGGCGACUCUGCAGGCAGGACAGGAUGCGCUCUACAAGAGCAGCGACAUCAGCGAUUUUGCAAAGAGUCCUGUCCUCAGCCACAGUCCUGGCAGCAGCCCUGCCCCCGACAGCCCCAACCAGAGGCAGAGGGAGCUGGCUGCUAAGUGUCUGCGUCUGCUGAUGCACACCUUCAACCGGGAGUACAGCCAGGUGAGCAGCAGUGCCAGUGAGAGCAAGCUUUCUGAGAUGUCUGCAUCGCUGAUGAGAGACACCUCCUCGUCUGGACUGAGCACGCUCACUCCGUCGUCUACCUGCCCCUCACUGGUGGAGGGAAAUUAUGACAUUAGACACACUGAACCCAGUUCAGGAGCUUCUACACCAGAUCUGGACCCGUACAGCCCAGUGGACAGAAAGAAAGCUCUCAAAGGAUGCACCUUUGUUCCCGACAUACAGGAGAUCAGAGUCAGCCCCAUUGUGUCAAAGAAGGGCUACCUGCACUUCCUGGAGCCCCACACAAGCGGCUGGGUGAAGCGUUACGUGGUGGUGCGCAGGCCCUACGUCUACCUGUACCGCAGCGAGAGGGACAACGUGGAGCGAGCUGUCAUCAACCUGUCGUCUGCGAAGGUGGAGUACAGUGAAGACAAACAGACCUUACUGCGGACUCCCAACACGUUUGCUGUGUGCACUGAGCAUCGUGGGAUACUGCUGCAGGCCACCAAUGACAAAGAGAUGCACGACUGGCUGUACGCUUUUAACCCUCUGUUAGCCGGCACCAUCAGGUCAAAGCUCUCCAGGAGAAAGUCGGUCCAGUCAGCCCCGCCGGUCGCAUCUGCUCAGAGGAUGUGAGAGGUGAACCGGCCUGAACUGGCCUGGUGGAAAACAAACAAAACAAUACAAUCUAAAAGUUCCACUCACCAUCCUGCUCUAAUGAACAUAGACCAUAUAAACAAACUUAUACAUAGAACCACUUAAAUAACCUUCUAUAUGAUGACUGUCCCAAACGUCACAAUCGCUCAUCCCGAAAACCAACAAAACCAUCCUUUCCCUCUUUUUGCAGACACCACCUUCAAACCCUGCAUGGUGUGCCCCCUCCUGACCUUUAGAAGAAAACAUAAGACAAACUAACCUCCCAAACCCGUUGAUUAACUUACCUCUGCUGGGCAUUGGGACUAGUUUUGAUUAGCUUUCAUGUAGAAAUCUGUCAUCUGUGAGGCUCCCUGUAUAGAGUUAGUAUGUGGUCAGUCCCUCCCUCAUUCAUGAUACCUGAAAAUAAGUCCCAGUUUUAAAUCAGCCAUUCAUGUAUUUCUAAUUAACGGCAUCAGGUGAGGGGGAAAUUGCAAACAUCAAAGCGGAUGUUUCUCUUUGCAGAAGUGUGUCAAGUGCAGGGAUGAUUGCUCCACAUACAUCCAUCACAUACUGUACAUUACCUCAGUUCAGAUUGGCUUGGUGCUCUACAGCAUAGAGUAUUGGUUUCACUGCAGAGGUUUCAGAUAAGUCAUUUUAACAUUGAAGUAGCAUGAGGGAUUUGUUCGGACUAAAGGGUACGUUGUUGUUACUGUGUCGUUUGUUUGUUUUUUCCUUCCCAUAAAACUGAGUUCGUUGGCUAGAUUAAGGCAAAAUAAUCCAUUAUCAGGAGAGAUAACUCAUAUCCUUGCCUUGUUCUUAUUAUGUGCUUCUUUUUUUUUUAAUUAAUAAUCCCUUGUGUGUAGAACCAUGAAGGAUACUGUUAUUUAUCGUUGCUUUAUUUAUUUGUGACAGGACCACUGACCAGUUUUGAUGCAUGGCACUUUAUUGUCUUUCUUGAGUUAAUGUGUUGUAUCAUUUACUCAGUUGUUUUAACCAAAGCAUUAACUGUUUCAAAUCAUUAUUGUCCACUGUGCUGCUGUUUUAGCAGACGUUUAGGAUGUUGAAGAAAUAGUUUGACAUUUUGGGAAAUGCACUUAUUUGCUGUCUUGCCAAGAGUAAGAUGAAAACAUGACACCACUCUGUAUGGUAAAUAUGAAGUGAGAGCUAGCAGCCGGUUAGCUUAGCUUAGCAUGAAGACUGGAAGCAGAGGUAAACAGCUAGCCUGUCCAAAAAUAGUCUGACUCACAGGAUAUAGACCGUGGGUAAAAGCCUGCCAUUGGUCACCUAUCUCAGACCGUAACGUUCCUGCGCGUCUUUAUGCUAAGCUAACCGUCUUUUUGAUGCAAACCAGAAUCCUCCAUCCUCAUGAGGAUGCAAACGUCACACUGAUAUGUUGUAUCAACUUUCCCUCGCUCAGGGAACAUGGUUAUUUGCAUAACCUCUGAGAAUAUUUCCCAAAUCGUUGAACUUUUUCUUUAAACUAAUCGAUUUUACCUAAAUUAACCUAAGAUGUUUUACACAACAAACACACCUGGAGGACAACUGUUCUGCACGUGGCUAGUUUAACUAUAAAUGAGCACUUAUUCUGUCUGUUAUGGGCCAGCAGAGUUGCUACAGUAAAUAAGUUUACUAUUUGAAUCUCCUCUUGUAGCUUAAUGGAAAGUUGUAAUUGACCAUGGACCUGUAAUCUGUUGACGGCAGUUCCUUUGAGUGGGCAAGAGCGUUGUCCAUGCACCAGAUAGUGCCUCCCUUUCUUCACGUCUUUUUUCUUCUCUCCCUCCUUCAUCGUUGUCUGUGACAUCGACACUAAACUUAGUUACACGUGUCCAAAAUUAAGCUUUUAUGUAGAGUAAAAGUAGAUGCUGUGAAUCUUUUUUUUUUUUAACACUGAUAAUCUAUGUCAAUGUUUUGGAGAGUGAAUAUUAUCAAUGAUGCUCUAUAGUAUGUUGGUAUAGCCUGUAACAGUACAGCGUAUAUUUCAUUCUCACUGACUGUAAAUGUUUAAAAGCAAUCCCCCUCUUAGCUUUUGUACUGUAGCUGCUACUAGAUAUUUGACAGCUUGAUGCUUGUGUCACACACCGGUACAGUAUGAUUAGCUUAGUGUUCUUAUGACUUUUAUGUCCAGGGAUGAUUUCAAGUUGCUUUAACCAGCUCUUUGUUACUUUGCAUUAAACCAAGAUGACCCCAAAUGUUGGUUUAAGAUCAAUUAUUAUCAGUGAAAGGAAAUAAGUAUCUAAAAAAAGACAAGGAAGAAUGUUUAAGGUAGACUUUAUUUAGAAUUUUUAUUGUAUUAUUUGCAUUUAAAUUGAUAAAUCUCUAUCAAAGACGUGGUCAGCCAACCAUUUUGUCUUUACCAUUUUCCACCUGUUUCUUUUUGUUUAACUGGACUUAUAAUCAGAAAUUAUUUAGGACUCUGUACGCCACAGGCCAGCCAACCUGUUGAGCAAUGCAGCCUAAUACUUUCUGCUUUGUAUUUUGUGUGGUAGCAACAAUUUAAAUGUGAUUACAUCAUAUAUUUCUGGGUCAUCUUGGUAUAAUUGACUUUGUUUUUUUAAAAAUGCUUAUAGAUAUUUAUACUGUAUGUUGUCUGCUGGAACAGAAGACAAAUGGAAAGUUUUAUUUAUGAAGUUCAGAAGAAUGGAUUAUGUUCUGAAAGUAUAUUGCACUCACGCACAAGGCAUCUUUAUUUAAUAUGAUUUCGUAUGAUGAUUUUUAAAGAAUGUAUGGAAAAUACUGGUUUGUGUUUGAACAAAAAAAUAUCACGACCCUGUCCUGAAGGGAGAAGAUUAGAUUCUGAAACUGUGCCAUUUAUUUUGCUUCAGCAAUCAAACCACCAACGACAAUGCUGCACCAAAUUGCAUUGAUUUUUUUGUUUGUUUACAACUGGCAGAUGACUUGCAAUGCUUCCAGCCCUAAUAGCUCAAGGGUAUCAUGUUUAAAAAACACUUUGUGAGACAGUCUUAGUGCACUGGCCAGUAAUUGUUGAAAGGUAAAUGAGUUGAUUAAUUUAUAUUUGGCUGCUUUUUAACUGUCAUAGCUCUGGAUCGAAGCAUGCAGGUCCACUUAUCUUCUGCCGUCCCUCUCUCCUGCCUUACCGCUUGCUAAUGACAGCAGCCCCCCCCCCCCCCCCCCCCCCCCCCCCCCG